AUGUCCACUUUUCAUCCCUUUCCGCGUCUUCCGUCAGAGCUUCGCGCUUACAUCUGGAGCCUAGCAGCGCAUCCUCGGCUCGUUCAUGUGCGCGUGGUGAAGGAGCCCUUUGAAGUUGUGCAUGUUGUUACACCUACGCCAUCCCCAACGGUUAUGCAAGUCUGCCACGAGUCUCGACGACAUGGACCAUAUCGCCGGGCCUUCAUAAUCGGUUCCAAGCCACGCUACAUCUGGGUCAAUUUUGAGAUAGACAUGAUUUGCCUGCGAAAUUUAAAUGCAUUGAUGGCUUUUGAGCCGCAUAAAUUGGACAUACAGAGGCUCAUGAUUUUUGCCAGGGACGGCUGCUCGCGAUUCGACGGAUACUACGACUGGGAGGUCGAUGAACUUCGAAAUUUUCCCGCCCUGAAGGAAACUCAUAUUGCAAUUGAUUAUGGAUGCUUGGGGUGGUCAGCACUCUUUGAAGAGCGCUACUGGGGAGCAUGUCCUAGGGGAAACAUUAGGUUCAUCGACACCAUAAGCGGAAUAAUGCUGAAUGGCUAUCAGCUUUCAGCGGCGGCUGAUUGGGGUAUAUUUCAUUCUUGGGAUGGUGGAGGAAAAAUAGAAGAUGUAAACAAUCUUGAAGAGGAUAUCAGGAUUGCGGAUGAUUAUACGCAUAUGAGUCUAUCUGAUAUCAGGGCCGUAGAAUAA